UUCAGUUUGGGAUUUAAUGGGUGAGCAGGAGCCUGUGUGGCACUGUUCCCAGCCAGCUCAGGGAUCCCUGCAGAGGCUGGUGGGGAGGUGCAGGGCUGUGCAGCUCCUCUGCUCAGCACAGAGUCCAGCUGCGUGGGGUUUGUGUUGUUGGUUUGUUUUAGGUCUAGGCCAUGUGAGAGCUGAGCUGGGAUGGAGCAUGACUCACACACCCCGUGGGAACUCAAUGGCUCCUUCCACCAGCCUUCAGCUUUCCUCAUGGUGGGCAUCCCGGGCCUGGAAGCCCUUCACCCCUGGAUCUCCAUCCCCUUCUGUGCCCUGUACCUUUCUGCGCUCUUGGGGAACUGCGUGAUCCUGUUCAUCGUCGGGAGGACGCCGAGUCUCCACGAGCCCAUGUACUACUUCCUGUCCAUGCUGGCCGUCACCGACCUGGGCCUGGCGCUCUGCACCCUGCCCACCACGCUGGGCCUCUUCUGGUUCGGCGCGCGCCGCAUCGCCUUCGACGCCUGCCUCGCCCAGAUGUGCUUCAUCCACAUCCUGUCCUUCAUCGAGUCCUCCGUGCUCCUGGCCAUGGCCUUUGACCGCUUCGUCGCCAUCUCCCACCCGCUGAGGCACCCGGCCAUCCUGACCCAGGGCACGGUGCUGAAGAUAGGCCUGGCCAUCGUGCUCAGGGGCGUGCUCUCGCUGCUCCCCAUUCCCUUCCUGCUCAAGAGGCUGACCUACUGCGGCAGGACGGAGCUGUCCCACUCCUUCUGCUUCCACCCCGACAUCAUGAACCUGGCCUGCGCAGAUAUAAAGGUCAACGUCUUCUACGGCAUGAUCAUUCUCUUGUCCACCGUGGGGACGGACUUCGUCUUCAUCGUGCUGUCCUACAUCCUCAUCAUCAGAACCGUCGUCAGCCUCACCACCAAGGAGGAGUGUCUGAAGGCUCUGAACACCUGUGUCUCGCACAUCUGUGCUGUCCUGGUGUUCUUCAUCCCCAUGAUCGGGCUGUCCAUGAUCCAUCGCUUUGGCAGGAACGUUCCUCCCCUCGUUAACACCUUGGUGGCCUACACCUACCUCAUCAUUCCCCCCGCCCUCAACCCCCUCAUCUACAGCAUCAAAUCCACCCACAUCCGCGAGGCGCUGCUCAGGGCCCUGUGCAGGAAGCCUGCCUCUGACUGGUAG